GGUGGACGUCUGCUCAUCUCAAAGCACACUUCCCCCAAGUGACUGACCAGCGCUCACACAACAAGACAGAGCAGAAUGAGCAUGCGCGGAGCAGUGGCUGGGUGCUUGGUGCUGGUGUGCCUGGUGGCACUGCUGGCCGAGAGGACAGAGGGACACAUCACCUUCUUCAGCCUAAAAGAGAUGAAGCAGAUGAGGGAUAGAGAGGGUACAAAGGACUUGGGGCCUCGGUCGGAAGAUAGUCAGUUAGAGCCAGUCACUGUGCCAGAGCUUCCUCAGGUGGAACAAGAUGGAAAUCCUGAUAAAACAGUGGAGUUCACUGUCCGUCUAUCACCAAAGCAGCUGGAUCAUGUGGCCCCGGUGAUCGAAGAGUAUAUCGAGGAAAUACUUGAGGAGAAAGCCAAAUAGCGAGGCCGAAGACACUGGAGGAAGAAUGAACUCAAUGCUCACAUGUUUUAUUGUAUUUUAAUGAAUCAGUCAAUAAAGGGAUGUAAUCAUAUCACUAA